UCUGGAUUUCAUUGGAGAGGAUGGAUACAAGCGCAUAUAAGCGCGUUGUCGGCCCGCGCGACGCAUUGUAUGACCUAAGUGCUGAUGGAGAGGCAUGCAAAGUUACGACUACGUACGUAAAUCGUAGCUGAUCGUCUGCGCCAUCAUUCAAUAGAACCUACAAAUAGCUUUGCAUUGCGCAAUAUACAUAAUCGCGUAUAAAGUCAUCUCUUCAGCUCCACAGGGAUGAUCGUUAAAGAGCGCUCCGAGGAGAUUCUUGGCAACAAUGCGCACCACGCGCAAGCGAAAUGCGGGAGCAGCACGCAUCUGCAGCACAUGCUAUGAAUCUGCACGUCAAACUGUAUGAUAACGCUAUCUCGUACCGAGGUUCCUUGGCAGGUGGGUGGUUGAGUACUGCGUUGAACUCGCCCUCUGCGACGUCCCCGCCGGGGUCCCAAGUUCGCCGCAAGCGGUGUCCCCCGGCACAGCACGGCCGCUUUCAUCUUUCGAGGACAGCCCUCGUGCAUGAGCACCAACGCGAUGUUGCUCUACGCCGCGAGCUCGGUCAAGCUGAUACGCCUCACCGACCGUAGAUUACUUUUCCGGGCGGUCUCGGGAUCUAAUUCGGGGUCUGGCUUGGGCGAAGAGUUUCACAUGUAGAUACAGUCGGUGAAGCUGAAAGGGAUCAGCCUUGCUAACGUCGCUUCCGAGAUGCGAUUGAAACUGAGGAGACCUGCUGCACGAGGUUGUAUAUCCAAUUUGCGCUCAUUGGGGAUCCAAGCAGUUCGCUCACUGUGGUCUCUCGAUACAGCGCAGACUUCUUGGCACAUCUAA